ACUUAAAGAAAAUGUAUUUAUUGUUAAAAUAAAUAGUAAAAGUAUACAAAAUUUGUUAAAUUAUAUAUUUAAAUUUAAAUUUGAAACUUGGCGGUGUGAUCUUAACACCUUCAAUGACAAAAAGCUAUAAGCUACAAAACUAUCCAUGCAGUAUUUAAUGUAAAAUCCAAUAGGAGGCGUGUUCAAAAAUGGCGUAGAUACAUUUUUGAAAUUAAAAUGGAAUAUCUGCAUAAAUUUAAAUUUCGUUCCAUAAAUUCUAACAGCUUAGAUUAAAUUUUAAACUAAGUAUUUUUUAUUAAUAAAUUCAAAGUCAUGGGGGAAACAUUUGCAAAUUACUACCGAAAAUUACCAAUAGGCAAACAUGUACAAGAAUAAAUGAGCCCUUUCAAAAAAACUAAUUAAAUUGCAAAUAAUUUAAUUAUCAGCCAUUAAAAUAUAUGUAUGAAAAUCGCUGGAGUUUUCCAACAAAAAGUGACUGCUCGAUUUGCAGACUGUCAGUUGUUUUAGUCGUUUCACCAAAUCUCCAAAAUGGUAACCCCGAAGGAUAUAUCGAUAGGACUUUUCGCUUUAAUCCUUGGAUUAGGCUGUGUGUCGAUCACCGAGGCUGCCUCCAGUGCCAGCAGCUCAUCUGCAAUGAAUUUCGGGAUAAUAUCGAUUCCAUCUGCAGCUUCUUGUUCCUGCUCCUUGUCGAUGUCCUGCAACUGCUGCCAAAGUGUAACCAUAAAUGCCAUGAACAACAACAAGACUCUUUGUAUAACUAUGAAAUUAAGCAUCCUUAGUGGCUCUGUUGAUGUGGGCGUCACCCUAGACGGAGGUUCGGUGGCCCAGUUUACAAUCAGCACCAAGAAUCCGCCAACGGCAUGUCUUCCCAUUGUUACCCUAGUUGGCCUGGACGUUUGCCUUAAACUGAACUUCAAGAUGGCCGGAUUGUCGGGAGUCCAGGCUUGUCCGACAUUUUAUACUUCCUACAACGCUAAUCAGGUCGUUAGCUAUAAUUUUCCUUGUGUCCAAGUGGGCUUAGAUGGCGUCAGUCUAGUAUAA